AUGCAUACAACUGAUGAAAUAUUGGAAUCAUCUGCGAAUAGUGAGGAAAGGACAAAUUAUAAUGAAAAUGCUAAAUAUAAACAAUUAGAACAAAAAAUACAACGAUUAGAAAAGUUGGUAAAAUCAAGGGAUGAAGCAUUAAAUGAAAUGUAUGAACUUGAAAAACAAAAGAAUGAAGAAAUUGGAAAUUUGAAGAUUCGUUUAAGAAAUGAAAGUAAUGAAGUUGCAAAAUAUCAAACCAUGGAAGAACAAUAUAAAAUAGAGAUAAUACGAUUACAAAGUGGAAUAAAUGAAUUAGAACAUAAGAGUACUAUGUUACAUAAAUUGCAAGUAGAUUCAUCAUCACCAAAAAGAGUUGAAGAAGUUUUAACGGAACAUGAAUCAUUAUAUCAAGAAAUUGCUAAUUUAAGAUUACAGAUAUCUCAACAGGAAGAUACAAUUAUACUAAAAAAUAAAGAAUUAUCUGAAAUAAAUGAGAAAAUCUUGGAUAUAAAUAAUCUAUUAGAUAAUUUAUAUAAUAAUAGCAAAUUUUUGGGUAAGAAUAAUGAAGUUGAUAGUGAUAUUUUUAAAUGUUUACCUAGUGAAUUUUCCAAUAUGAAUAAUAAAAAUUUACAAAUAAAUAAAAAUGAAACAAAUAAGAUCAUAAAUAGAGUUGAAGAUUAUUUUAAUAAAUUAAAGAUAAUGGAUGAAUAUUUACAAAAUAAGUUAGAAGAUAUAAAGUGUGAUUUACUAAAAAUUUUAAGAUUUACUCUUGCAAUAAUUAUUGAUGAAAAUACUUUAGAUGAAGAUAUAGAAAAAAUAAAGGAGAAAAUACUUGAAUAUUUAAAUUUAACAAAAUUUUCUAAUGAUAUAAUAAUUAAAGAUAAUAAUCUAAUUAAUAAAGAUGAGAAAUUAAUUUAUAAUAAUUUCUUGAAUAAAAUUAAAGAAAUAAAGAAUAAAAAUGUUAAUAUAAAUAAUAAUAAUGAUAUAGCCCAUAAAAUAAUAGAAAUAAUUGAAGAUAAAUCAGUAUUAAUAUUGCAACCUUUACCACCAACACCAAGUUUAGAUGAUGAAAGAAAUUUUAUAUUAAAAUGUAUAGAGAGUGAAUAUCAAUGCUUAUGUAGUUAUUUGAAUUAUAUUAUAGAAGGAGAUGAUAAUAUUAGAUUAUUUCUUAUAAAAGGAAUGAUGGAAAGUAUUUUUCAGAAAGUUGAUAAAAAAUUAGAUAAAUCUAUUUCAUAUGAUAAUAAUAAAGAUUCAUUAAAUAUAAAUGAAUUGAGAAUAAAUAAGAAUUUGAAAUUAAUUGAAGAUUUAAUUAUUAGAUUAUUUUGUUAUAUAUUAAAUGAUAAUAUUGAAGAAUUUUUGAAUAUUUUAAAAAAUAUAAAUAAUGGGAUUUAUAAUAUAGAAGAAUAUAAAGAUAUAAAUAUAUUUGAAGAUAAUUCCAGUAAUAUUAAAAUGGAUAUUGUAAAUAUUUUAGAAUUAUUAACUAAGGAAACUAUUUUUAUAUUAUUAGAAUAUCCUUUACUUUUUGGUUGGACAGGUAUUCAUAUAUUAGUAUAUAGGAAUCAAAUAGAUAUAUUACAUUAUCUUAUUAAUAUUAAUCAAGAAGAAAUUUCAUAUGUUGUAAAUUGGCGUAGUAUGUCUGGAUUUACCCCUCUUAUGUUGGCAGUAACUAAAGGUGAUAUUUUAUUAAUAUCAUUAUUAUUAGAAAAUGGUGCAGAUGUUAAUAAUAUUGAUAAUCGUAAAAAUACUCUUUUACAUAUUUCAGAAGAUAAAGAUAUUCAACAAAUACUUAUAGAACAUUUUAUUGAGAUAUCUUUACAAAAUUCAUCAGGACAAUUACCAAAAAUUGUAUUGAAUAAUUUAUCUUUAAUAGAUAAGAAUAUAGAUAAUAUUUCUAAUAAUAUAGAUAUAAAUAGACAUAACAUUAUUAAUACAUCAGAUAAUACAAAUUAUGAUGAAGAUAUAUCUUUACCUGAAACACCAUUAUUAUCAUAUAGAAAAUUUGAUAGUACAUUAAAAAGUGAUGAUUUAGAUAUGAUUGGUAUAGAAUCAAAUUGUAAUAAAGUUAAUUUAACAACUAUUUUUAAUGGUAUUGAAUUAGAAUCUACAUGUAAAGAUGAUUUUUGUGUAUUUUCUACACAAGAAGAAUUAAAUGAAGAUAAUAAUACUGAAAAGAGUGGUUGGAAUGUUUUUGGAUUUGUUACUGGAAAUAAUUCAAUAAAUAAUAUAUAUGAUUAUAAAUGUAGUGAUCAUGCAGCAAUGGAACAAAAUCCUGAAAAACUUGAAGAAUUAGGAUUAACAAUAUAUGAAAAAAAAAAUAAAUUAUGGAGUGAUAUUGUAAUAAAUUUUACUUCACGUGGUUUAGAAUCUUCAUGUUUUCCUCCACCACUUGAUUGUUCAAGUAUUUUUAGACAGAUAUUAGUAUUAACUUCUGAAAGAAUAGCACUUUAUCAACAUACACCAUUAAAAUUAUUACAAGCAGCACCUAUUAUUGAUGUAGAAGAAUUAGCUAUACCACAAGCUUCAAAUGUAUUAUUAUUAUUAAAAAUUGAUGGAUGGGAUGAUAUAUUAUUAGAAAUUAGACGAAGAGAUGAAUUUUUAGAAGAAUUUACUACUAUAUAUAGAACAAUAACAACUCCAUCAGAUAUACUUCUUUCUCAAGCAACUAAUAUAAAUAAUGACAAUGAAUUAUCUGAUAAUGAAGAAUAUAAUAAUUCAUGGUUUAGCUUUAUAAUUGGAUCUAGAAAUAACAAAAAGAUUGAUGAAAAAACUAAAAAUCUUUCACCAGCUCGUGUUAAUGCAUUAAAAAAUCUUAUUGCAGUAUAUGGUGAAAAUCCUCCAAUUUCAAAAGAAAAAGAUAAUUUAAUUGGUUUAUUUAAUUCUAUAAAUCAAUAUGCUUUAGUACUUGCUUUAAUAAAUAAUAAUAAAUUUAUGCUUUUACCUCAUAGAUCAACAAGUUUACUUGUUUCUAUACCAACUUAUCAUUUUGGAUUUUUAAAUAUAUGUCUUAAUCCAUCUAAAGUUUUAAUAAAUCCUUUAUAUAAAGAUAUUGAUGAAGAAAUAUCAUCAAAUAAUAAAGAUCAAUUUUGGAAAGAACGUUUUUUUAUGCUUAGAUCAGAUGGUUAUUUAUUAUGGACUCAACAUCCAAAUGAUACUGUAGCAAAUGCAACAAUCCCUAUAAGAUUAAUUAGGCAAAUACGUGUUUUUAAUUUAAUACCUAAGGUUCAAGAUGAUAUAUUACCAUGUUUUGCAUUAGAUUUUACUCAUGGUAGUAGUCCUGCCUCAUUAAUUCUUUAUAGUGAUGAUAUUAAUGGAAGAGAUAUAUGGGUAGAACGUAUACAUAAUGUUCGAACUAUUAUUUCAAAUGAUAAUUAG